AUGUCCUCGAUGAUCCAAGCGGUGAUCGACUCGGUACUUCCGUCGAAGCCACAACCAGUGGUCCCGAACGAGGGACUGAUACGGGCGAUGGACCUCUCUUUCCUGGGUCUCCUGCUCACCCUGUUGGCUCUGCUGGUGAUCACCCAGGGAAAUUUGCAUGUCUUGGCUCUGAUGCUGGUCGCGAUUUGUCUGUGGAUUAGUGUUCGCUGGUUCGUGGCCGAGCUUGCUCGCAUGAACCACCUCAACAAACCAGUCGAAAUUUCCUCCGCCCUACUUUCCACGAACGAUCCUCAACCUUCAUCAGAAUCAAGUACCAACAUAGACAAAUUAAAAUCAAGUUAA